AUGUCUAUUACACCAACAAUGGUGGCAAUAAAAUAUUUGCUUGUACUAAUCGUCUUUUGCUCAACGUCAAAUACAAUUGCCAUCCAGUUGUCCGAUUUUUUUCCCUAUGGACCAUCAGCUGGUGACAUUACAAUGCAUCCCAAUGAUGAUCACAGUGAUGGACCGUUUAAUUUACCUUCCAUUUUCCCAUAUUUCAAUAAUAACCAUCGGCAUAUUUAUGUUGGCAAUAACGGUUUAUUUGCAUUCUUAGAACAAAUUAAUCAAUACAUACCGGAUCCUUUCCCUUUAAACGAUAGUCGACGAUUAAUAACGGGUUUUUGGUCAGAUAUUGAUACACAAGGUACGGUAUCCGGUGUUGGAAACAAGGUUUAUUAUCAAAUUUAUGAUUCAACAUUACAAUCACCGGGAAGAUUGAUUACUUUUGAAAAAGCAACCACAUUUGUUCGACAAUAUUUUCCACGUGAACGUCCAUUCAUUCCACGAAUGGUCAUUACUGGUACUUGGUAUCGUGUGGGUGCAUACAGCGCAAAAACAGAUAAGCUAAAUACAUUUCAGAUCGUAUUAGUGACGGAUGAACAACGUAGUUUCACAUUUCUGUUAUAUAACGAUUUGCAGUGGGCUGGCCCGAAAUAUACGACUGAACCAUGGGCUCAAGCAGGUUUCAAUGGUGGUGAUGGGGUGGUAUUUGAAAUGUUGCCGCAUUCAAGAACGCAAGAUAUUGUUAAAUUAGUAAGCGAAAGCAAUGUGAAUGUGCCGGGCCUGUUUGUAUUUCGUACAGACACCGAGACUAUCACAGAAGGUGGAUGUGGUAAUGGAUCGUCAUCGUCUGUUUAUUCACUUCGUCCGAGAAUAGGUUCACAAUUGGGUCUAACAUCGUUGAAUAUACAAGGUCCGUGUUACAAUACGACUACAACGUUGAAAUGUCAGUUUGGUUCCUAUGGUAUUGUCGAUGGUAUUAUCAUAAAUGAAUUUCGUGCUGUCUGUCUUACCCCGUUUGCGUAA